UUACCGUAUGCGAUGCUGUGAGCUGUCGUGCCGAGGUUCUUGUGGAUGAUAUAUAACUCAAAGAGAAGAGUUGCACCGAAGGGCAGCGGUGGCAUCGACAGCUUUGGUUGGUCUUCAUUCGUGAAGCGAAGUGUCCUCGAGUCGCUCUACGUGACGAAUGAUGGAUGGUUCGUCGUUGUGGGAGCAGUCAAGGUUGUGCAGGAGGAGGAUCCCCUCGACUUGCCACCCUCCAACAUCGGGAGCCAUCUCGGCCUCCUGCUGGACUCCACGGCCGGUUCCGACGUUACGUUCGUUGUCGACGGCGAGAGGUUCGCUGCCCACCGGGCCAUGCUCGCCGCCCGCUCGCCGGUCUUCAAGGCGCAGCUCUUGGGCUCCAUGGCGGACGCCACCAUGUCGUCCAUACCAUUGCAUGGAAUCAGCGCAGCGACGUUCAGAGCUAUGCUCCGCUUCAUGUACACCGAUGCUUGUCCUGAAGAAGCCGAUGACUCCGACUCCGACUCCUCCCCGGGUGAGAUGUUUCACGACUUGCUCGCCGCUGCCGACCGCUUCGACUUGGAUCGCUUGAAGCUUCUCUGCGCUAGGAAGCUGUGGAACAAUGUCUCUGAGGAUACAGUUGCUGAUACGCUGAUCUGUGCCGAAACAUAUAACUGCCCGCAGCUGAAAAGGAAGUGCCUUGGUUUCUUCGGCGAGGGGAAGGACUUCAAGACAAAGGCUGUGUUAACGGAUGGUUUUGCUCGGCUGGCAAUGGAAUUCCCAUGGAUUCUUGAUGAGCUGAGGGAGAAGGCUGGAGCAUAGAGGUCAGUCAGGUCAGCAGCAUGUAUGUGCAUAUAAUAAUGUACAUAUAUGCAUGCUAGUAGUCAAUGGAUGUAGUACCAGCUUUAUUCAUGGUAUUUUAAUGUCUGAAGUCUAUUGGAAAGUGUUUUGAGUUUUCUGUUUUCAAGUAGUGUCCUACUAUUAUGUUAUUACUAUCAUGUUUUUUUUCUGUUGGUAUUUCGAAUUCUUGGCUCCAUAAAAAAAGUGAUGCAAAACA